CUCUCUUUCUCACUAGGACUUGGUCUCCUGAGAUACCGCGCGGGGCUCCAUGGGUUCCAACACCUAAAAUGAAAAAGAAAAAAGUCGUCUUGUAGGGUUCAUUUGUUGUGUUACAGAUCCCACCGGCACCUGAAGAACUGUUUUAGAAAGUUUGCUGUCCGUUCUGCUGGACUGAACGAUCUCCCUGUAGAAGAUUUGACAAAAAAGGAAGAAAAUAUAAGAAGGGAUAAACGCAAACACACGGGGAUUCAACCAUAAUUGUAGUCUAUGGAAAUGCAGGAUCUAGCCAGUCCUCACAGCCGAGUAAGUGGAAGCAGCGAAUCUCCUAAUGGUCCCAACCUCGACAACUCCCACAUCAAUAACAAUUCCAUGACACCCAAUGGCACUGAAGUUAAAACAGAGCCAAUGAGCAGCAGCGAAAUCGCCACCUCAGUAGCAGACACUUCUCUAGACAGCUUCUCAGGAUCAGCUAUUGGAACCAGUGGCUUCAGCCCAAGACAAACUCACCAGUUCUCUCCGCAGAUUUACCCUUCCAACAGAACAUAUCCACAUAUUCUUCCUACCCCUUCAUCCCAAAAUAUGGCUGCGUAUGGGCAGACGCAGUACACCACAGGAAUGCAGCAGGCCGCAGCUUAUGCUAGCUACCCCCAGCCUGGCCAGCCCUAUGGCAUCCCAGCUUAUGGUCCAUUGUGGGCAGGCAUAAAGACGGAGGGGGGUCUGAGCCAGGCCCAGUCCCCGGGACAGACGGGCUUCCUCAGCUACAGCUCGGGCUUCACCACGCCUCAGACAGGACAGGCGCCCUACAGCUACCAAAUGCAAGGUGGUACGUUCACAACAACAUCAGGACUGUAUGCAGGAAGCAACUCUCUGACAAACUCUACUGGCUUCAACAGCACACAACAGGACUACCCCAGUUACCCAGCCUUUGGCCAGGGCCAGUAUGCUCAGUAUUAUAACAGCUCGCCCUACACUUCGCCCUACAUGACAAGUAACAACACCAGCCCCAGCACGCCCUCCACCACCGCCACCUACACCCUCCAGGAGCCCCCCUCUGGCAUCACCAGCCAGGCCCUUACAGAGAACCCUGCAGGAGAGUACAGUACCAUCCACAGUCCAUCAACCCCCAUUAAAGAUUCAGAUUCGGAUCGAUUGCGCCGAGCCUCGGAUGGAAAGUCACGUGGCCGCGGAAGAAGGAACAACAACCCAUCACCGCCGCCCGACUCCGACCUUGAGCGAGUUUUCAUCUGGGACUUGGAUGAAACAAUCAUCGUUUUCCAUUCCUUGCUCACGGGGUCUUACGCCAACAGAUAUGGACGGGAUCCACCCACAUCUGUAUCAUUAGGUCUGAGGAUGGAGGAAAUGAUCUUCAACCUGGCUGACACACACUUAUUCUUUAACGACUUAGAGGAAUGUGACCAGGUACAUAUCGAUGAUGUGUCCUCCGAUGACAACGGCCAGGAUCUAAGUACGUAUAACUUCAGCUCAGAUGGUUUCCACGCGGCAGCGACCAGUGCCAACCUGUGUCUGGCCACAGGCGUGAGGGGAGGUGUGGACUGGAUGAGAAAACUGGCCUUCCGCUACAGACGAGUAAAAGAAAUCUACACCACCUACAAAAAUAACGUUGGAGGUCUGCUGGGCCCAGCCAAAAGGGAAGCCUGGUUGCAAUUGCGAGCAGAAAUUGAAGCCUUGACGGACUCCUGGUUAACACUGGCACUGAAAGCACUAACAUUAAUCCACUCAAGGUCAAACUGUGUGAAUAUCCUGGUGACCACCACGCAGCUCAUCCCUGCCCUGGCAAAAGUCCUGCUCUACGGCUUAGGCAUAGUGUUUCCUAUUGAGAAUAUUUAUAGCGCAACCAAAAUAGGGAAGGAGAGCUGUUUUGAGAGAGUAAUUCAAAGGUUCGGGAGGAAAGUUGUUUACGUUGUUGUUGGAGAUGGUGUGGAAGAGGAGCAAGGCUCAAAAAAGCACAACAUGCCCUUCUGGAGGAUCUCCAGCCAUUCAGACCUCAUGGCCCUCCACCACGCUCUAGACCUGGAGUACUUGUAGCACUGCAACCAUCAUCACACACCCUGCUCCACUCCAGAACACCCUGCAACCUUUUCACCUUCGCCCUCCAACCCUGUUCCGCGCUCGCCGCAGACCCCACAGCCCAGAAAAGGCCCCCUGCGCUGCCUGGCGUCUGUCUUCCACUACAAAGGAAGAAAAGAAGAGGAGAAAGAAGAAAAAAAAGGGAGAGAGAGAGGCUGAGCGACACGGUUAACGUGCUGACAUACGGUCACAAUUCGUCUUAACCCUAAACCUUUUUUUUUUUUUUUUUUUUUUUUUUUUUGGAAGCAAAGGAGAGAAGUGAAUUUACGGCGCUGCAGCUGCUUGCCCUGGUUACUGUGAAUUGGCUGCUUUCUGAAGCCGUCAAAGUGUUUUACGGCCCCUGUUUGUGCCGGGACUCUGUCAGGGUUCACACCUGUGAGGAGAGCAGAGCUACUGAUGGCCUCGCCUGCCUCACCUCACCUCGCCACAGAACUCAGCUACAGUAAACCACAGGCCCACAACUACUGGUGGUGACAUUUCCCUGUCCCUCAAGCUCUUUCCCUCUCCGCCCUCCUCUUUUUGUUCCUUCUCCCUCUAACCUGCUUUUCGGGCUCUUCCUGAUCGCCCCUCCCUCAUGGGACAGAAAGACAGGGACUGCUCGCUCCCCUGUUAACCGUAGGUCUGGGAGUCCUGUACUUCUUAUUUAUGAACGGAGACUUUGUGAGUGGCACGGCGCCACCAAGAAGGUACCUCGAUGACAAAAGACUUGUGCCUUUUUCACACAACAAAGUACUUUUGAUUUCCACCACAGCCAGAGGAAGAUGUUUAUGGAAUAAACAAAACAAACAAACAAACAAAACAAAAAAAAAACAAAAAGCAAAACAAAGGGUUUUCUAAUAAUUUAAGAAAAUGAAAAAAAACUUUAUUUACAAUGCUGAGACAAUCGUGUACAGAGGAAAUCUUUUUGUGUGUGUAAAUUUGUAAUCACUGGACUAUUCCUUCCUAUAUUCAUUUAGGUACAUGCUCUUGAAAGGUGGCAAUGCUUUUUCAUUGAAGUAAAAAAA